CCCCUUUAAAAAGCAAUCUGCUGCUGUUUCCAGUCCUAACCGUUCACUGGCAGCCACGUACGGGAGGCGACUAGCUACCGGCAUUGCUUCUUUUAGCCAAAUAUAACCACUUUGUUGCAACUUUACUGCUGUUUCAAGGACUUUGGAGGACUUUGAAGGAGGAGGAGGCGGCUUACAGUGAGUGUAGCUGGAAGCGCGAGGCGGGAGGCGGGGACAUGAGUGGACUCCACGGUCCUGGACUUUCGGAAAGGACAAGGAUCGAAUCUCAUCUCCCAGCAGACGGACGGCGGCUUGUUGGCGGCAGACCUUAGUUGGACUCGCCGAAAGAGAAGCAAGCUUGUUGGUUCAUUCCUGAAACAAGGGGAAUUAGAUAUAACGAAGGAAAAGUUUGAACGUGGACGCUAGCUGCUGGACUUCAAUCGGACUUUUUUUUUUUUUUAAAACAACAACUUUUUUUUUCCUUUUCAAAAUGGAUAAAUACGAAGAUUUAGGACUGGAGGCAAGUAAGUUCAUCGAGGAUUUAAACAUGUAUGAAGCAUCCAGAGAUGGUUUAUUCAGGAUGAGGAGGGAUGCAGGGAACAACCCUGAUUUUGAGGAGACCAGGAAAGUUUUUGCUUCCAAAAUGACUAAAAUCCACAUGCAGAAGCACCAAGAGGAAAUGGCUAAAAGCAGCCAGGCUCUAAGAAUGAACGGGGGUCCAAACAACACAUACUACACCAAAGACAGGCCUCCUAUCAAUAGCUCCAGGCAGCCUGGGGAAGCUGCUGCAAAGCCGCCUAUGUUGUCUGCUCCUUUGCCUUCGCCUCCACUGUUUGAGAGUCAGAAGAACCAGUCUGAACCUCCAGCCUGCAGGCCAUAUGGCUACGGAAACAAUUACGAUACCAAGGAGCGCUCGGAGCCACAUUUGUACCAGAACAACUCCCCUCCUGCUAUCAGCCCAGGAAACUCUUUUCAUAGUGCUCCUUGGGCCUCAUCCAGAGAAGGUUCCCCAUCUUUGUCCGAGGGCAGUGGUGCGUCUUCACACCGGCGCCGGUCUCCAUCUCCGACCAUCAUCAGUCCUCUGCAGAGCCAGGAUGUCCUCCUGUCCAUUAACCGGAGUCCACCAGACCUGAUUCCUUCGCUGCCUCUCAGCGCCUUCACUGGAACCGCCAUUCAGUCUUCUACUCACUAUGCAGCGUCACCUUCCCCAUCUUCAAGAACCAGCCAGAAUGGUCCUGUGGUCGCUUGUGAAACACCUCAGACCAAAGUCCAGGUCACAUCUGCGGCCAUAAACCCCAGUAAUGUCUCCAAAAGCUUCAGCCAGAGUCAAGCCCCGAGCCAUAUUGCCAGCUUUGGGAAGGCUGUUGGUGCUGAAGCAUCUUCCUUCAAGCCUGCAGAUGAGGGCUUCUCAGCAGCUGAAGCACAACUAGAGGCCCUCACUAAAAACCUGGAGAAGGACAUGAAUACUCAAUCCAAGGCUGACUAUUUUGGGGUGUGCGUAAAGUGCAACAAGGCGGUGUAUGGAGCCAAUCAGGCCUGCCAGGCAAUGGGGAGCCUCUACCAUGACAACUGCUUCACCUGCAGCGCCUGCAGUCGAAGGCUGAGAGGAAAGGCCUUCUACUUCGUCGGAGGGAAGGUUUUCUGUGAAGAAGACUUUCUGUAUUCAGGUUUCCAGCAGUCAGCAGACAAGUGCAACGCAUGUGGUCACCUGAUAAUGGACAUGAUCCUGCAGGCCCUCGGGAGGUCAUAUCACCCGGGCUGUUUUCGUUGUGUUAUCUGUAAUGAGAGUCUUGACGGCGUUCCCUUUACUGUGGACACUGAGAAUAAGAUAUACUGUGUUAAAGAUUACCACAGGGUCCUGGCGCCUAAAUGUGCUGCAUGCAACCAGCCCAUCCUUCCUUCGGAGCAGGGCUCUGAUGAAACAGUGCGUGUUGUGUCCAUGGACAAAGACUAUCACGUGGAAUGCUAUCACUGUGAGGACUGCACAAUGGAGCUGAAUGACGAGGAGGGUCACCGCUGCUACCCUCUGAACGGACACCUUCUCUGCCACUCCUGCCAUCUCAAGCACAUCGAGCCAGGCAGCUCCUCCUCUAUGGCCAGCAGCACCUCCUAUUAACACGCACUGUCGCGUGGGGGAAGAGAGACACCUGGUGGACGUUUUGGGGAACUGUCGCAAGUGGUGGGUGGUGCACAAUUCUUGUUGUAGAGGAUUGGUUGAUUGAUGUCUGGUGUUGUGAGAGUUGGUUUUGUAAAGCAUUUAAGAGACCUGGUAAUGAAGUAAUAUUGCAGCAAACAUAUUUAAAAAAACAAAAAAAGAAGCAAACUUAUUUUGUUUUCUUCUCAAGGGACAACAGUGCAGAAAUGACACUUGAACAUAACAUAUAACAGUGUGCAGCUUGUACAGCAAGCAACCGCUGCUCUUAAGUACACCCAUGCUGCAUUUCUGCACUAUUGUCCCUUGAUAAGGUAUACUGUAAUAACAGUGUUAAAAUUGUCAGCGUUUAUACUUUGCACCCCUUUCACUCUUCUGCUUCCACUUUACCCCGCUGCUCCAACCCGCUAAAAUAUGCAUUACUUUUUGGAAUAACAUGCUGAAAACAAUGAGCAAGUAUUUAUUUUAUAUGCAGUACACACAAGCGUAACAGUAGACUUGGGUCAAGUGCAAAAAGUAACAAACAGAUUAGCUAUUAUUUAUUCACCAUUCUUGGUGUAAUAACUUGGACGCAGACUCUACAUCGCCUUUCGGUGUAACUUUACGUGCUUCUUUGUGGUGACAAGUCCACGGCCUGGGAUAGGAUCAGGCUUCCCCUUGACUCCUGAGCAGACUGGGUCGAGCUGCACAAAAGCAGAAUUUGUCUUCCUCGUGCAAAAGUGUUUGCAAUAUUCCAAAUGGUAUAUCAUGUAAAGAAUGCAGAGGACAGGAUAGCGACAGUAGGUUAGUAUGGCAUCACUCUUGAAAAGCACUUAGAUAUUCAGAUUGUUUAUUUUCUAGGCACCUGUUGGAAUUUCUAAUGUAUUGGCAAGAAUGCUAUAUUUUUAGGAUGUGUAUGUUUUGGGCCUAUAUUCAUAUGUAUACCACCAGUUUCCUGUAUUUAACCUUGUACAACAGCAGCCUCAUGGAUAUUAAUUGAUUGCUGUGGAACAUGCCUAUAGUAUGUAGUUUGAUUCAUCAUGUCAUACCUUACAUUUGUAGUUUAUAAUGAUCAGACAACAUGUGUGUGCUCUAUUAAAUCAUUAUAUUAAAUACAUUCUGUGCUCUUG